UUUAGUGUUUUGGUCAGCUGCUGCACUCUUCCUAUCUAUAAAUACUCCUAUAAUCCAACAUUAUUUCCCACAAGUAAUCAAAAAUACAGAGUUAAAGAAGUCCUAAAAAUGGCUCUUAACCUUGUAUUCUUGAGCUCAAUCCUCAUCCUUUCAGUAUUUUCUCCGGUGAUCAAUGCACUGAGCUCGAACUAUUAUGACAAAAGCUGUCCUAAUGUCGAGCUUCUCGUUUCCAAUGCUGUCAAGAAGGCAACAGCUAACGAUCAAACUGUACCUGCUGCACUACUCCGGAUGCAUUUCCAUGAUUGCUUCAUAAGGGGAUGUGAUGCAUCUGUGUUGUUAAAUUCCAAAGGAAACAACAAAGCAGAGAAAGACGGACCACCAAAUAUUUCUCUGCAUGCAUUUUAUGUCAUUGACAAUGCAAAGAAACAAGUGGAGGCUUCAUGUCCUGGUGUGGUCUCAUGCGCUGAUAUCUUGGCUCUAGCAGCAAGAGAUGCUGUUGUGCAAUCUGGAGGCCCAAGCUGGAAAGUGCCAAAAGGAAGAAAAGAUGGAAGAACAUCACUGGCAACUGAAACCAGACAAUUGCCAGCUCCAACCUUCAACAUUUCACAACUACAACAGAGCUUCUCCCAAAGAGGCCUGUCCUUGAACGACCUGGUGGCUCUUUCAGGAGGGCACACUCUAGGGUUCUCCCACUGCUCAUCUUUCCAAAACAGAAUCCACAACUUCAAUGCUACACACGAUGUUGACCCCACGCUGCAGUCAUCCUUUGCAGCAAGCUUGAAGAAUACAUGUCCCAUCAAGAAUAGGCCGAAGAAUGCUGGUUCUACAAUGGAUCCUUCAGCAACAACUUUUGAUAACACAUACUUCAAGUUGAUCGUCCAAGGGAAGAGCUUGUUUUCUUCAGACCAAGCUCUGCUUAAUUUUCCAAAGACUAAACAGUUGGUUACUAAGUAUGCUAACUCACAGCAAGCUUUCUUGGAUGCUUUUGUGCAUUCUAUGAUUAAGAUGAGUAGUAUUACAGGUGGACAAGAGGUGAGGAAGGACUGCAGAGUAGUAAACUAAUUAAAGGCCUCCUAGUUUAUUGGUAAUGGUAGUCAAGUGCAAGUCAGAAGAAAAUCCGUCAAAUAGGCUGGUUCUCCAUAAUUACCUUUCGUUAUUUUGAGAGUGCGUGAAAAGAAAGUGUAUGUCUGCUGUGGUACUGUGGUUUCAAUACUGUUGUAAUAAUUUUAUACCAGCAAGAAUGUUUUUAUAAAUACAAAGUUGGCUUGAAACAAAGUCUUGUUUA